CCUUUAACCAACGCCCUGUGCACACACAGCUCAAACCCGAAGCAGACGGACUAUUAUCGAGUUAGGCGAGGCUCACUCAGACCUCAGCCCACCGACGCUGCUGACUCAGUUGUGACUCGCCCUACUCCCGUCCGAGUUGAUUUUGAGCUUUCUCCUCGGAGCGUGUCAGUGAGAUCUGUAGUAAUUGACAGGUAAACAAAAGAGGGAAACAGAAAAUGAAGGCCCUUAUUCUUGUUGGUGGGUUCGGAACACGUUUGAGGCCAUUGACACUUAGUGUUCCCAAGCCACUUGUUGAUUUUGCCAACAAACCCAUGAUCUUGCAUCAGAUUGAGGCUCUUAAGGCUAUUGGAGUGAGUGAAGUGGUUUUGGCUAUCAAUUACCAACCAGAGGUGAUGCUGAACUUCUUGAAGGAUUUUGAGGCAAAGCUCGGGAUCAAGAUCACUUGCUCUCAAGAGACCGAGCCACUUGGCACAGCUGGUCCUCUGGCCCUUGCUAGGGACAAAUUGAUAGAUGAAUCCGGCGAGCCAUUUUUUGUCCUUAACAGUGAUGUCAUUAGUGAGUAUCCGCUCAAGGAAAUGAUUGAAUUCCACAAGGCCCAUGGAGGAGAGGCAUCCAUUAUGGUGACCAAGGUAGACGAGCCAUCAAAGUAUGGUGUCGUGGUUAUGGAGGAAUCAACAGGGAAAGUGGAGAAAUUUGUAGAAAAACCAAAACUGUUUGUUGGGAACAAAAUCAAUGCUGGAAUUUACUUGUUGAACCCUUCAGUUCUUGAUCGAAUUGAACUGAGGCCCACCUCAAUUGAGAAAGAGGUCUUCCCAAAAAUUGCAGCAGAAAGUAAGCUCUUUGCAAUGGUGCUGCCAGGGUUCUGGAUGGACAUUGGACAGCCUAGGGACUACAUCACUGGCCUAAGACUCUACCUAGACUCAUUGAGGAAGAAAUCUUCCAUUAUGUUGGCCACUGGCUCCCAUGUUGUCGGUAAUGUUCUGAUUGAUGAGACGGCCAAGAUUGGCGAGGGAUGUUUGAUCGGGCCAGAUGUCGCAAUUGGCCCUGGUUGUGUGGUUGAAUCAGGAGUUAGGCUUUCACGCUGCACAGUAAUGCGCGGGGUUCGUAUCAAGAAGCAUGCUUGCAUUUCCAGCAGUAUCAUUGGCUGGCACUCCACAGUGGGGCAAUGGGCACGUGUGGAGAACAUGACUAUUCUCGGAGAAGAUGUUCAUGUGAGUGAUGAAAUCUACAGCAAUGGAGGCGUGGUCUUGCCUCACAAAGAGAUCAAAUCUAGCAUUUUGAAGCCAGAGAUUGUCAUGUGAUGAGGGAUUCGUUGCUGCUUAAACUAGCAGAAUCUGUUUAGGUAGCAAGCUAUCUUUGUUUCUGAAAUGCAUUUAUUCCUUUUCUUUCCCUUUUCUUUUACUUUCUCUUUUUAUAUAUUAAAUUUAUUUUCUUCACACAGUGUAAACAUCAGUUUGUACUGGUCCAUCUGAUGUGAGUCAUAAUGUUGAAGGGUCAGAGUCUUUAAUGAGGGAUCAUUUGUUGUGAAAUGUGUAAUCUCAUAUUUAGUGUAUAUAUAAAUAAGUCAAGUCAGUUUACUCUGCA